AUGCUGUUCCUGCUGGGAUUGCUUCUGGCGGCGGAGAGAUUUGGCCUCGGCCUCGCGUUUCUCCUCUUCGCGGAGGCGCUGAAGGCGCUUCUGCUCGAUCUCGGAGCGCUUGAAGAAUUUCUUGCCGCCUACAUCCUCCGCGAGGCUCUGCCGCUUUUUCAGAAGCUCCUGCUUAAGGAUGUCCAUGGGACUGGGCUGGGCCUCAUAAAGGAAAGCAGUGGAAAGGGCCGUUGGAACCCAUCCUCAUGGGUUGGGCAUCAGGCAUGGAACAGACGGCAAAAAGACUUAAAUAACCACCCCAUAAGAUUGAUUUACAUAAAAGAACUUGAUAUCUGUGAAUUCCAAAACUAG